AUACAGGAUUACCGGUACCCAAGCCCUUAGCUCAGGCUCUGCUUUGGGAGGCCCCAACCUAAGACAGUACUCCUGGUGCCCUGCGCAGGGAACCUCAAGUUCUGGCUGUUACUUGGGCAGAGGACUUUCUUUUCCCUUCCCCCAGCUCUAUCCAUCUGCCAGGCCCCCGUCAAAUCUCUUCAUUUCCAAGUUUUGCUUGACUUUUCCAAGAAGAGAGGGCUGCUGCUUAGUAUGUCCCUACUACUGCAUCCUUUCCUUUCUUGUCUUGUAUCCUUGUACAGCCUGGAAAUGGGAUCUCUCCAUGGUUGUGUGUCAUGACUCCCUAACCAUUAUGCCUCCAUGCAUCUCCUGUUCCUCCUGGAACCUGGCAGCAUGCCUUACAUGGAAAAGCUGUCACUGACAGCCUGGUGAGAGCCCUGAGGGUGGAGUGACUGGGGCAGGGCCCGAGGCAAGAGAUGGGAGGAGGUAGACCAGAAGCUGAAGAAAAGGGGCUUAGCCAGACCAGGAGACUGGAAAACAGGCAAAGAUAGAGCAGAUGGGGGACUGAGUUGUUUGGGUCACCUUCUCUGCAGACCAGAGAGACCAAGCAACAUACGUGCUGCAGAAAGUGGGCUGGGUGGAUUGGGGCCAGAGCUGGGGGAGGGAUGAGAACAGAAGCAGGACCAGGGUUAGGAUUCAGCAGAGUCCUCCUAUUUCCUUCCACGACCAGGGAAUCUUACUGCCCCACUUCAGCUUAUGCUGUUUCCUGGCAAGGCAGGCUCUCACAUGCCUGGACACUUGGAUAUGUUGGUGAUGGGAAGGAGUAGGGUGAGGGAGGGGCCCCAGGAGAGGCCCAGGAUGAGCCUCAUCUUGUCCCUCCCCAUUCUUACCUUACCCUCUGCAAAUGUGAUAGGCACAGGACAGGAGUAGGCACCUCGCCCACUGCUUCUUAACCUUUCAGCUUCUCCAGGCCCCCAGUCGUGCUUGCUCCCACCUUGGUAAGUAGAUCUGCACACGUCCCUUUAUACCCCACCAUCCACUUUUGCCCAAAUGUGCUAGAAUGGGGCUGGACAAAGAAGGAGGGGCCAGACUAGAGGAGUGGUGGUAGAGAGAGUGACAGCCUGGGGUGAGGGCUUUAUGCCUGUUUACCACUGAGCUCUGGGAAGGAGCCAGGAGUGGGGCAGGUCAGCUGACUGGGAGCAAGGGAUCUGGGUUCCAAGAAAGAGUAGUGUUUGAGGUGGGGUCUGGGUCCUCAUGGAAGUCAGGACUCCCAGGCAGAAAAGAGGCAGGCUGCAGGCAAGUAAGGAGGAGGCAUGGCCCCUUCGCAUCAGGCAUCACAGGUGGGGUUUUGCCCCACCCCUGAACACCCUCUGUGGCGCCUUCCACCCACCUGUAGGCCCAGAAGGAUGUCGGUCUGCUACCGUCCCCCAGGGAACGAGACACUGCUGAGCUGGAAGACUUCGCGGGCCACAGGCACGGCCUUCCUGCUCCUGGCGGCGCUGCUGGGACUGCCCGGCAACGGCUUCGUGGUGUGGAGCUUGGCGGGCUGGCGGCCUGCACGGGGGCGACCGCUGGCAGCCACGCUUGUGCUGCACCUGGCGCUGGCCGACGGCGCAGUGCUGCUGCUCACGCCGCUCUUUGUGGCCUUCCUGACUGGGCAGGCCUGGCCGCUAGGCCAGGCGGGCUGCAAGGCGGUGUACUACGUGUGCGCGCUCAGCAUGUACGCCAGCGUGCUGCUCACCGGCCUACUCAGCCUGCAGCGCUGCCUCGCGGUUACCCGCCCCUUCCUGGCGCCCAGGCUGCGCAGCCCGGUCCUGGCCCGCCGCCUGCUGCUGGCCGUCUGGCUGGCCGCCCUCUUGCUCGCCGUUCCGGCCGCCAUCUACCGCCACUUGUGGAGGGGCGGUGUAUGCCAGCUGUGCCACCCGUCGCCAGCCCACGCCGCCGCCCACCUGACCCUGGAGACUCUGACCGCCUUCGUGCUUCCUUUCGGGCUGAUGGUUGGCUGCUACAGCGUGACGCUGGCGCGGCUGCGGGGCGCCCGCUGGGGCUCCGGGCGGCAUGGGGCACGGGUGGGCCGGCUGGUGAGCGCCAUCGUGCUUGCCUUCGGCUUGCUCUGGGCACCCUACCAUGCGGUCAACCUUCUGCAGGCAGUCGCCGCGCUGGCUCCACCGGAAGGGACCUUGGCGAAGCUGGGCGGGGCUGGCCAGGCUGCGCGAGCAGGAACUACGGCUUUGGCCUUCUUCAGUUCUAGCGUCAACCCGGUGCUGUACGUCUUCACCGCUGGAGAUCUGCUGCCCCGGGCAGGUCCCCGUUUCCUCACGCGGCUCUUCGAAGGCUCCGGGGAGGCCCGAGGGGGCGGCCGCUCUAGGGAGGGGACCAUGGAGCUCCGAACUACCCCUCAGCUGAAAGUGGUGGGGCAGGGCCGCGGCAAUGGAGACCCGGGGGGUGGGAUGGAGAAGGACGGUCCGGAAUGGGACCUUUGACCCUGCUGCCCUUCCCUCUCCCUUUCCAUCCUCUCACCCUCUGGAGCUCAGUGUUCUGGAACAUUUGGGGACCCUUCUUUGAUUAGAGUUUGGAUCUGACUAGGUAGGAUUACUAUACACCUCAGGCAGGCCCAGGCUUCUCCAUACUGAGGGAUUAUGAGGGUGGUGAUGGUCCCUGUUAAGGACUAUUGCGUGCUUGCAAGUUGGCAUGUACCCAUGUGCCAGCACUGCUUACUUGUUGCCAAUAGCUGUUAUUGUGAAAUAUACUGGGAAGCCAUUAGAUGAUGA